AAAACUUCGCAGCUUGUUUUGAAUCAUAUUAUAAGUUUGAAAGGUGUAAAAUGUAUGAAUUGUUUGAUAACCAUUUCGUUUUCAAAAAUAUAACUUUUAGUUUUCAUGUUUUUGAAUAGUAGUUAUGGGUGACAACUGAAAACAAAAAACGAUAUUGUUAUUACAUUUUUACACCCAGAGGGCCACAACAAGUGAAUAUCGCCCGGUGCUUAUAACUGCCACUUCCCUCGUAUACGCAAAUAAAAGAAAACCGAAGAGACGCACUUAGCAUUUCGCCAACCACCAAAAUUGUGCCACAAGAAAUCUCUUCUUCUCUUCACAUCCACCUUCUUCUUCGUCGAUCACUCCUGCCACUUCUUUCAUAUAAUGCAAGUAUCUCCGCCAACUUAGUAGUUAACAACAUGGACAAGUUCUCACAGUUACCCGAACCUCUCCUUCUGAUCAUCAUCGCCAACUUGCCCUUCAAAGAAGCCGCAAGAAACUCCAUUCUCUCCAAGCUAUGGCGUCGCCUUGGGCGUUCGACCCAAAUCGUCGAGUUCAACGAGCGUUUCUUUGUGAAUACUGACGCAGCACCGGCGGACAGAGCGAUUCAGAGACUAACUUUCAUUGAUUUUGUGCGCCAUUGGAUUGACAACAGCCCAAAAACGCCUGUGGGUAAGGUUGCUCUCACAUUUUCUGAAACUGAAAAUUUCCAACAAUUCGUGCUGGAUUGCAUUCAAUUUUGUGUGAAGCAUGUUGUCAAACAGUUGGCGCUCGAUUUUUCUGACCCCGCAUGGGAUGAACUCGGGUAUGAUUACCACGAGUCCUAUUUUGAUUUGCCUUUGGAUGUGUAUAAUCACCGAGUUCUUGAGUCCCUAGCUCUGUUUUCUUGCAAUUUUGAUGCGGAUUUGGUUGGGAAUUUUCAUCUGCUGAAGCACAUUUCAUUGGGUUGGAUUGCUCUGCCAGUUUCCCUUCAAGAAACUCUGUUAGCACAAAGUAGAUUGCUUGAGAGUCUGAGUCUGAAGAAAUGUUGGGGGAUGAACUCCCUUGACGUUCGUGGAAAUGACUUAAAGCUAAAAACUUUGGUGGUUGAUAGGUGCAGCAUUCAUUACCCGCAUUCCUUUUAUCUUGAAGCACCAAAGUUGAAUUAUUUGAAGUUUGUUGGUGGGGAUGUGCCGGCAUUGACUACAGGCGAGGGUAGCGAAUUCAAUUUCUUUGAAGAGUUGGACCUCGACUUGAGCCCUGUGAUAGAUUUUCAUGGCUCUGCUAGUCCCAAUUCUAUUCUAGAUAUACUUCCUCGUAGCCUUGUGAUAGAUUUUCAUAGCUUUGCUAGUCCCAAUUCCAUUCUCGAUAUACUUCCCCCUUCAAGGAAGUUGACAGUCUGCUCUUACAUUCUUCGGGCUAUAAUCAAUCAUACGGAACAGGAACCAAUUAUUCCGAGUCCUCAUUUGACAGUGACAGAUUUGACACUGAAAACGACAAUGCAUCACCAUGAACAACUCGGCAUCAAGUUUUUCUUGAAUUGUUGUCCUCAUCUGGAGACUCUUACAAUCAAACGAUGCCCUGAGGAAAUUUAUGAGUAUUACGUUACUCCUGUACUGAAGCCUCAAGAGAUGUGGAAGGGAACUGUAGAAGUUUACGAGUGCAUAACCCGAACACUGAGAAUGGUUGAAGUAAAAGAUUAUAUGGGGUCACAACAUGAACUUGACCUGCUCAGCUAUCUUCUCACACAUGGCCGGAUCGUGGAAUAGCUUACUGUCGUUACAUCAAGUGAUGAGGAAGUUAAUGGUGGAAACCCCGAAGAAUUCAGACUCAAGGCUCGAGAGUUCUUGCAUCAAGUCGAAGAAGCCUCACAAAAUCUGGAAAUAACAGUUCUGUAAGUAAGUAACCGAUUAAAUCUGCUGCAUGUGUUUGCUUCCGGCAAAACAAUUGGCUUUCAUAUGCAUACAGUUGAAGAUGGAAUGUUCAGUCUGAGUCGAGUCUAGCUGAAAGACUUUAAGCAUCCGAUGAUAUACUUUUAGUUUCAUGUGCAGUUCAAAAUUAGAAUCAUGGAAGUUGUCUAAUUCAGAGACGAGUAUAAGUCUGUAA